CUCUUACGUGGAAGACGUAUUAUGCGCAGUAUGCUCUCAUAAUUGAACAUUCCUCGAUCGUUAAAUCGGUUUAACUUCGAUCAAGAUCGCGAUUAAAUUAUCAAAAGGAUUAUAUGUUCGUUUGGUGUUAUAAAUUUUGUUGAACACGACAUAGUGAUAAUCGUGAAAUUAAAGAUCGAUCGACUAGGUCGAGAUCACGUUUCAUUAGAUACUUUCAAGGAUUAAUCCUUAGAAUUGGAGUUCCUCGUCAAGGAUUCAAGGCGAUAGACAGGACGAACGACGUUGCUUAUUGCGGAGUAGAAAGAGAAAAAGGAGGAGGAAGAGGAAGAGGAGGAGGAGGAGGAGGAGGAGGUGUAGAGAGAAGAAGAAGAAGAAGAGCAGCCGCUAAGUGUGGUAGACUGCGCAUUCGCGAAAAGGAGAAGGACGGAGGAUAACAAAGAGAAAGAUAUAUACGCGCAUAUACACCUACAUAUAUAUACAAAGAGAGGGAGGUAGAGAAAGAGAGACAGAGAGAGACAGAGAGACAGAGAGAGAGAGAGAGAGAGAGAGAGAAGAAAUAUAGGAGUAGGAUCGUUGGUGGUAGAGUGCGCAUGCGCAGAGAAUUUCCCGGGAAUCGGGUCUUUCCGGGUCUCCGACACGGAUUUCCCACUUUCGUUCGUCACUUGAGCGUCCGAGUCGGCGACGUGCGAGACACGGCAACAGGUGACGAAUAUUCGCGCCGGAAAGAGAGUUUACUAUCAAGAGAGAGAGAGGAAGAGAGAGAACAUUUCAAUCUUCUCGAUAAUCGAUUCUUCAUACUCGCAAGAAAUUCAACGAUAAUUUCAUUCCUCGAGUAAUCGUUCAUUUUCCUCGUUCAUUUUUUGAUACUUUCUUGCUCCGAAGUUUCCUGGAAAACGAACGAACGUACGAAAAGGAAAAGAAGAUUUUUGUUCGUUAAUUAAAUCCAUCUGAUUUAACGCGAAAUGAGUGUCGACGACAUGAUCAACUACAAGCCCGACGAGGACGAGGAUCUUUACGCUCUUCUAUCCUGCGACGAGUCAGCGACGGUCGAGCAAAUCAUAGCAGAGUAUAAGGUACUAGCCUUACAAUAUCAUCCUGACAAAAAUGCCGGUGACAAGGAGGCCGAGGCAAAAUUUCAAAAGCUUAAAAAUGCCAAAGAGAUUCUAUGUGACCCGGAAAAGAGGAGCAACUACGACAAGUGGCGGCACAGUGGUAUUUCCAUUAGCUACAAGCAAUGGCUCGGCAUGAAGGAACACGUUCAUCAAUCGAUGCAUUGGAGUACACCAAAGAUGAAGGACCGGAUGCUGCCGGACGGAAGUACUGUUGGUGGUGGAGGGGGAGGUGCCGAGGGUUCACCAGGUCAUGUGAAAGGUCAGGCCCCGAAUGCUCACAGAAGGGCCAGCGAGGGUGGCGCCAAUAUUUACUACGGUGCUCGGCGUGACGUCGAGUGGGACUCGCAGGCCUCUAGUGAGGUCGUCAACAAGUUUCGUAACUAUGAGAUCUAAAAUUUUGAGAUCUAUAGGAGAACGACGAUCGUUGAUGGAGGAUCCUUCCUUUUUCGUAUCGUGUAGGAUCAAAUUCGAUCGUUAUGUAUCUCUAAUUAUCUCUCUUGCUCUCUGUUUGAUGAAGAUGAUCCUUUACGACAACAUAAACAAUAGCAACAACAAGAACAACAACAAUACAUGCAUGCGUAUACAGGGUGUUCUAUUUUAAUCGAUUAACGUUAUAAUCGUUGUAUGUAAAAUAAUCUUUAAUGGUGUUGAAAAGAUGUCGAUUAAUUAUUUUCUUUUUCUUUUUUUUUUCUUUCUUUAUACUUUUUAAUUAUAAUUUUUCAAUUGACUUCGAUCGAAAGAAAAUCGAUUUAAAUGAGACACCCGUAAUAUACGUGGAAGGAGCGCCGUACAACAUACAUACACGUAGCCAAACACACGUAUACAUACCUCCUUGUGCAUUUAUCGUUCGUCACUGUCCAACCAACAGCAGGAAAAUGGCUCGGAAGAUGAUACUAAGGGCAAGUCUAAUUUUUUUUCUCCAACGUCGUGAACAAUUUAUUUAUAGUGCUUUUUUCUUUUUUUUCUUUCUUACCUUUUUACUUUUUUUUUUAUUCUCGCAGGAAAAAAACCUUCAGAAUUUGAAUGUGUAAGAUUUUUUUUUUCAUCGAAGAGAAUCCGCUCCUGCAAAUCGUUUCUUCUGCAAAAAUUUCUUUAAAAAGAAUAUUAAAAAAUGAAAAACAAAAUUAAUCUUUGAAGGAUCGUCCUCUUUCUCUCUCUUUUUCUCUCUCUGUCUCUCUGUGAAGUGAAGGGAGGAGAGGUCAUGUUACGAGUUUGAGAGAAAUACGGGACUACAAUACAUAGUGUUCACGGUGUUUCAUUAUUAAUUUUCUUUGCUCGGCUAUUCGACGAAAGACAAGCAAAAGGCGAGAAAAGAGGUAUCCUUGAAACGAUGAAUUGUGAAUGAUCAGAGAAAACGAUAUAAAUACGUACUUACGUAUAAAAGAUAAGAUCGUAAAUCUUAUCUAAUGUUGAUCUCGCUUUAAUAAAUAUACGAAUUCAAUCGUUUUUUUCCCCGUGGAAAUUUCCUAAUAACACGACUAGUUUAUUAUUAACAAAAGAAAGAAAGUUUUAUCGAAUCGAAAUAAGAGAGCGAGCGAUAAGGGUCGAUCGGUUGGACGGUGCUUUUGAUGUCGUGUUGAGAGAAUAAAUAAAUAAAUAAAUAAAUAAAUUAAUUAAUUAAUUAAUUAAAAAAAAAAGAGAUAUAAUAAAGAAAAUAAAUAAAGAGAAUGAAAAAAGGAAAAAAAGGAACAAAAAAAAGAAGAAGAAUUAUAAGGGGUAAAAGAAAUUAUCGAUUCCACGUGCGGGGGAGUCACGAGAUAAGAUUAAAUUCGUUGUUUCUACAGUAAGGCUCUCACUUCCCAAUGGAAUACUUAAAGAGUCUUGUCUUCCAAAUGGGAGAGAGGUGACAGGAGUAGUAUUGCGAGGAAGGAAAAGAAAAAAAAAAAAGAGAGAUACUAGCAGAAAAGGAAAGAAAAGAAAAGAAAAGAAAAGAAAGAUUGAAAGAAAAAGAAACGAGA